AUGAGUGGUCGGAUUGGGCAAGAUGAUGAUGAUGAUGACAAUGCUGGCAACGACAGCAUCGUCGUCACAACGCAAGAGCCAAAAGAGCCAAAAGACCAAGACGACCAACGCACCCAAGGUAGGGACCUCGCGGGAGACCACACGGCACACACCCGGGCCAAAAGCUACCUCUGUCUCAGCGACCGGAGCGAAGCCGAGAUGCGCAAGCCAGUAGACCUGCGCUCGCGGGGCGCGGGACGGCAGCUCAUCUGCGCGCAGACGGGUGAGGGCAGGGGUUUCAGAUCGGUAGAGGCCCUGGCGUGCAAAGUCCUGGCGGCUGAUGGGGAACGAUUCGCGCGCGAGGAAAGUGAGAAUGUCGGCAGAGGAGGUAAGAGGCAGAAGGGAGGGGGUAGGAGAGCAAGGCGAGGUAGGUUCGAGAUAAAGAUGUUGGGAAGUGAAGUUGACACACACUCGUCCGAGGUUUAG